AUGACCUGCGAGUCGAGGAGGUGGCGCAGCAGCGGCUGGCCGUCGCGCAGAUUCGUCGCGCACGCCGACUACAAGUACCCCAGCUAUCGGAAUGACAUCGCGCUGCUGCAGCUGGCCGAGCCGUACCGCAAGGGCGGCAAGCGGGCCGACGUGCUGCAGCGCGGCGACGUGACCGUGCGAGCGCGCGCCACCUGCAACCAGUGGUUCGCCGAGGCCGGAAAGUCGAUCACGCUGAAGGCAGGGCAGCUGUGCGCCGGUUACAAGGUGGGCGGCAAGGACGCGUGCCAGGGCGACAGCGGUGGCCCGCUCGUGGUCAGCACCAACGGCACCUACACGCUGGUGGGGAUCGUCUCGGCCGGCAUCGGCUGCGCCCGGCCCAGCCUGCCCGGUAUCUAUACGGACGUGCACCACUACGCCAAGUGGAUCGCGCGGAAGCUCGAGGACUCGGCCCAGUGA